GUACGUAUACCAUUUCCUCUUACUGUGGUUGUGUUUCUACUCUCCUUGUGACCCAUAAUUGUACGCGUAAACAUUACAUAUGUGUCAGUGAUGCUAAAUAGGAAUUGGUCGUGACGUGUAGUAUACGAGCUACUGAUCUGAAGACCCUGCGAUUACUGUUUCCGGAGAGGAGAUGACAAAAACAACACAAACUUUCGAAAAUUAAUAUUUAUGACCCGAAAAUAAUGGAUUUUAUACAUCUGGUAAACAAUAGCGACAUUCCCAAUGCCCUUUGUAUUCAAUGAAAAGUUAUUUAAACGAAGAAAUUUGAACAAUCCACACAGUUAUGCUCUGACGAUGGCUAGAAAAAGUCCACAUCUGGAAGCGUUAAGAUUACAGAACAGACUCAAAAAAGUCGUAGGCCUUAGUAAAUUAGCUAUAGUUUUAAUAUUAGUAGCAAAUAUUAAUUUCACUGAGUGUAGUCAAAAUUCAACAAGUGUUAAUAAUGAUGUAGCUAACAAAAUCAAACUCCUAAACGCGGUGACUGGUAGGUUUUUCGGGAAUAUUUAUGAGAAUGGAACAUUUAGGACUGGAAAUUCCCUGUGGGAUGGUAUUUUGAACAAGUGCACAGUGAACCCGUCAGUAAGUUGUUUGCAAAAAAAUGUUUACACAUUUCUGGACGAAAAAUUAAAUUACGGUGGUGAUGUGAAAUUUGGAAGUGUGUGUUUCGAGAAGAAUUCUGUGGACAUCAAUAAAUAUACUAAAGAAGCUAAUAUUAUCUACCUCACGGGAAGCAAACGACAGGCAGAUGAAGAACGCGCAUUAGACGAAGAAAAUGAAAUACACGAUGAAGAAGAAUCAGAAUCACCGCUAGAAGAAGUGACGGAUUCUUUAUACGAUAAAGGCGUGAAAUUUUUGGUGACACACGACAUGAAGUUGAAGUUGCCAGAAUUGUUUUUCCACGGCGCAAUUCUGAAGGUGUCUCCCAGGGCGCUGACGAAAACUGGAGCUUUAGUACACAUAGAUUUGGAGCCCCAAGAGGACAAUGGAGAAGGAAGACUUUUUUUUCAUAAAAUUAAAAAGAUGUUAAAAAGGAAGCUAGUGACGGCCGCCAUCGGUAUAAUAUUGGUUGUGAAGCUGAUCGCUCUGAAGCUGGUCUUCGUGUUGCCCAUCAUCUUUGGAGUCACCACAGCGAAAAAGAUGUUCCUCAAAUUCCUCCUAUUCCUCUUCCCCGCUUUGAGCCACAUAUUCAAACUGUGCUCGUGGUAUCACAACAAUUAUCACACGACGAAAUAUCAUCAUCAUCACCACCUUAUCACGCAUCAUCAUAAGCCAUCUCAUCACGGUUACCCGUACCCGGCUUCUUCUUCAGUGGUCGUGAAGCCGCAUGCAGCAGGUCCUCCAUCAUCAUCUGACUACUACCCUCAAGAAUGGGAGCUGUCCGGUCCAGGGCUUGGCAGUGAAUACAUUGCAUCUGACAUACAUCGCAACGCCAUAGCUAGUUUCAAGCCGCACGUUAACGAUAUGAACGACAUCAAUUCUUGGGGCCUUGGGAUGCCACCAGGGCAAUCAGCAAACGUUGGGGAAUAUGCAGUUGGUAAUAACCUGCAUCCGACAGUGGUAACUCCUAAUGGACAAAAGGUGACGCCACAUAUUGUGGGAAGACCGGUUGGACCACCAAAUCCAUACUACAGAAAUAAAAAACAACCAAAAGAUCCAAUUGACGCUGAAAAAGAAGCUUUGAUCCGUGCAGCGUCGCUAGCAGCUAGAGCGCCGCCAUCGCCGGUUAGGGAUGAGAUCCUGAGGGUUUCCGCAGCGAAGUUGACUGAGACCAACCGCGUCAAGACUGAAGCUGAACUUGUCAAACAUCAGCAACAGAUUCUGGCUGCUUCAGACCCUGAAACCAAAGUAGCUGAAAAGUUUUAUGGGAAUAUUCUGGAGCGAGUGGAUAAGAUUCUACUAACGAUUGGUGCUAACGACCCUGGGUGCAAAGACAGGGCUGUGUGUGCUCUAUACAGGGACCCCUUCAGCCAUACGCCUUACAGCAAUCUAGUCUCUAAUGAACUUAGCAAAGAUUCGAGCGAACUGCUUCCUCCUGCCGACAGCAAAAUGGCUCUCCGCUACUACAAGUAUGUACAAGCUGCGAGGGACGGUCAGGAACAGAAGAACUGCAGCACUCUAUACCCUAAUUGUCACAUAGAUUAUAGUAAAAAAUAAGAGAACAGAUGAAGUAAUUCGGCCGAGUGGGUACGGGCCUCGUUAUCUCAGUAGAGGAGUCAGCAGACUGCGUGGGUUCGAUUCCCGCUCGAGUACCGAAAUGUUUCUCUGGAAUUUCCAAUUUAGUAAAAUAUAAUUGUUAGGUUAUGCCCUUUGGAUAUACAAAAGGAAUAACACGCUUUGUAUAAAGACAACGGAAUGAAAUAGAAGCAUUUUACUGUUUUUAGUUUUCUGUCUUGCGUCGCAAUCUUAGUAAGAUAAAGAAAAAACUAAUUUGUUUUCCUUCAUAAAGGACCAAUGGUUAAGUUAUUUAUUUAUUUAUUUAUUUGAGUAAACGUUAUGUUAGUUAGACAUUGACAGUAUCCUAAUAAAAUAUUUAGCCGUCAUGGUGUAUAUCAAUAAAUGAAUAACACAAUUAUAUUCCAAAAUUAACAAAAAAGAGACAAUAUUGCUUUCAUAAUUUAUUUUCUUUUAAAAAUAAAAUUUUGUUUUUUCAUGUGCACAUCUUGUACAAUGUAAAUAAAAUGUACGGAUAUAGCGAUAUUUUCGUUUUAGUUCGCCCCUGACGAGUAUUUUUUAAAUACAUAUAGUUUAUUUAUAUACACCCUCUGGACAUAGGCCUCUCUCAAAGACUUGGACAUAAGCCUUUACCAAAAACUUCCACAAAGAUCGAUUGAAUAUAAAUGGAGAUCGCAUCUACUAUUUUUUGCAGUCAUUUGUAUAUAUUUAGUUAAUUAAGUAAAUAAUUCUGCAUUCAUAAAUAAAUUCUCUCAUAAAGCUUAAUAUCAUAAUAUUCAUAACAUACAAACAUGUAAGUUAUAUAUCUAUCUAUAUACAAUACACAUUAUACAUACUUCACAAUCCACAGGGUUAGGAACUAUAUUGAAAAUAGAAGUGCCAUGUGCUGCCUUUUAUAUGAUAACUAGCGAUUCGGCCCGUCUUCGCACGAGGUCUAUUAACCUUCGCGGAAUUGUCUAAUUAUCAGUGAAAAUUGUAUCAAAAUCCGUUGCGAGGUUUCAAUGUUAAUCAAUCUAUGUAAAAUCUUUGUCUUCCUAAUCUGUGGAUAAAUUUAACAAAUAUACCACUUGCUUAUAACAACAACACAACUUUUAAAAUGUAAUUUUGAAAUGACGUAUUCUGAACAUGGAUUUAGUAGGUACUCCGCGGUAAUUCCAUGAUUCUGGAUUAUUUCUGAAUAUUUACUUCACGCUGAACUGUAUGCAUGAACAUUGCAUAGUUUGUAUGAGAGCUUUUAUUUACCAUGAUGUACUCGUAAAACCAGCAAUCUAUGCCGAUCAAAAGUUUGGGAAACUGUGUCGCGAUGAUGUAAUAGCCAGCAUAAAAAUUGUUUCAAUUUUAGUCGCUGGGUCAUGUAUCUUUGUUAUUAUAAUUUACGCGACGAUGUCAAAUUGUAUUAAAUUCCGUUUAGUAAACCAGUUUGACUGUAGCUUAAUGACAUUGACACACACUACAAGACUGAUGUCUUGUAUAUAUUUAUUUUUGUUAUUUUCUUAUGCUUAGAAAAUCAUAUGUUUUGGGCAAAAAAGGAAGAUUAUGCAUUGUAAUACAAAGUAUGUACUUUUGACAAUAUGAAGAAAAAAACUGUGAAAAAUUUACUGGCUUAAAAUUGUAAGACAUGCUUUAUUUGCAUAUGUCCAAAAAGUAUUUUUUAUCCAAAAUAAUUGCGUGUGUAAAGUUUGUCUGUUGAAAUAUUGUUUAUUUAUUUUUUAAUAAAUCAAAGAAUUUACUGUU